GUGAAUUAUGAUGCCAUAAAGAUUCCAAAAUGGCCUCCAUUUUCAGAGAUGCACCCAGUUGAUUAUUAUUCUACUUACACCAAGAACUGCAGUGGAGAAUUUACACAGGAAGAAAUCAGAAAUAUUCGAGCACAUUAUUAUGCCAUGUGUGCAGAAACAGAUGCCAUGCUGGGUGAGAUACUUUCCGCUCUAAAUGAAACAGGACUGCUUGGAAGAACUCACAUAAUAUUUACUGCGGACCAUGGAGAACUUGCAAUGGAACACAGACAGUUUUAUAAAAUGAGCAUGUAUGAACCAAGUUCCCAUAUUCCCCUCCUUAUAAUGGGUCCGAAUAUUAAGUCACAGUUCAUAUCAAAUAUGGUGUCCCUCGUGGAUAUCUAUCCUACCAUGCUUGACAUUGCAAGUAUCCCCAUUCCCAAAAACAUCAGUGGAUAUUCACUGAUGCCUUUGAUAUUAGAAAAUAAAUAUUUCAAAGCCCUAUCUAGAAGGCUCCAUCCUCCUUGGAUUCUGAGUGAGUUUCAUGGCUGCAAUGUGAAUUCUUCAACCUACAUGCUGCGAAUUGACAAGUGGAAAUACAUUGCUUAUUCAGAUGGCCACUCCGUAUCUCCUCAGUUGUUUG